AAUCCCCGAGUUUAACGCGGCUCCGUGCCCUUCGUUAAGAUGGCGGACGCGACGCGACUCCGCCGCGGCGUCACGUGACGUGGGGCGGAGCGGGAGAAAGCGAAAGUGGCGGCGGGAGCGGCGGGAUCGGGACCAGCCCGGGAACGGAGCGAGCUGCCAGCGGGAACAGCGCCGGAACAGCGCCCCCUGGCGGCCGGGAGGACACAAAGGGCGGCCACUAAAGGGGGGGGGUCCCACCGAGCCCGGAGCCGGGACCCCCCUCGGACACGGGGGUCGCUCGGUCCCGGUCCCCCCGGUGCCCCCGGCCAUGUCGCGGCUGGAGGCCGUGGCCAACGUGGUGCUGCGGGUCCCGGCGCUGGCGCUGCUGGACCUGCUGUACCGAUGGGAGCCCGCCGCCAUCACCGAGAUACUGCGGGAACGGACCGGGAACGGGACAGCGGGGGACAACGCGAUCACAACGGCGGCGAUACGGGCGGCGGGGUGCGGCGGCCACGUCCUGUGCCUGGUGCUGCUGGUGCUGCCCGUGCACUCCCUGGUCCGGCUCUACCUCCACCUGCUCACUGUGCUGCUGCUCUGUGCCGGGCACCAGAGAGCCAGUGAUUACGUCCGCCAUGAGCUGCAGCGUGGGUCCCAUGGCGCCGUGUACAGCAACAUGGCGGAGUUGGGCCGCUUCACCACGGCCCUGGCAGGCCAGGUCUGUAUCUGUGCCCUGUGUGCGCUGCUGAUGAGGACCCGACAGGCCUGGCUGUUUGCUGCCCCACUGCUGCCCCUGCUGGCCCGGCUCUGCGGCUUCCCCCUGCACGUCCUGCCCGUGGCCAACACCUUCGCCGCCAUCCUCACCAGCAUGGAGGUGCUCUACGUGCUGGGCUCCCACAUCCUCGUCCCCUUCCACUUGGCUGCCGCUGCCUGCAGGGAGAUCUUACAGGCCAUGGAGCUGUACCGGCUGCUGGCGCUGGGGAUGUCCCUAUGGAGCCAGCUGUCCGUCCCCCUCCUCUUCCUGGUCUUCUGGCUGGCGCUGUUCUCCCUGCGACUCUCCUCCUUCCUGGCCUCUUCCAGCAGCCCCGUGGCCCAGCAGGGGCUGCUCUUCGUCCUGCUCAGCAGCGUGGCCGAGUGCUGCAGCACGCCCUACUCCCUCAUCGGCCUCACCUUCACCGUCUCCUACGUUGCCCUGGGCGUGCUCAACCUCUGCAAAUUCUACCUGCUGGGCUUCGGUGCCUUCCAGAACGGCAACGUCAUGCACAGGGGGGUGACGGAGGGCGUCACGCUGCUGCUGCUGGCGCUGCAGACGGGGCUGCUCGACUUGCAGGUCCUGCAGCGGACCUUCCUCCUCAGCAUCAUCCUCUUCAUCGUGGUGACAUCCACGCUGCAGUCCAUGAUCGAGAUCGCCGACCCCAUCGUGCUGGCAAUGGGGGCCUCCCGCAACAGGAGCCUCUGGAAGCAUUUCCGUGGUGUCAGCCUGUGCCUCUUCCUGCUGAUCUUCCCCUGCUUCAUGGCCUACAAGAUCGCGCGCUUCUUCCACAUGGAUUUCUGGCUGUUGAUCAUUAUCUCCAGCAGUAUUCUCACCUCUCUUCAGGUGCUGGGCACGCUGUUCAUCUACGCGCUGUUGUGGCGGAGCUGCUGCAAGGACGCGCCGCUGCAGCGCAUGGACGAGAUCAUGUACGCGGUCAGCGCCGUGAGCCGCGUGCUGGAGUUCCUGUGGCGUGUGCGUGGUGGCCUAUGGGCUGGGAGUCUUGUUUGGGGAUGGAGCUGGCUGGGCGCGUCGGUCAUGGUGGUGCACUCGUACUGCAACGUGUUGCGGGCGCAGUCGGGCUGGAGGCGUUUUCCUGUGCGCCGCGGCGCCAAGAAGAUCAGUCCCUGCCUGCGCUACAGGGGGCAGCUGCGCACACGACGAGUCUGCGCCAUCUGCUUCAGGUGGACCCAUGACAUGGAUGUUGCCGUCAUCACGUCGUGCCGACACUUCUUCCACGGCUCCUGCCUGCGCAAGUGGUUGUACGUGCAGGACUCGUGUCCCCUGUGCCACCAGCGGGUCACGCCAGAACCGGCACCGGCCCGGCAGGACGAGGAGCCGGGACAUGGAGGAGCCCCGGACCGGCCCCGGGAGGAGCCGGGAGAUGGAGGAGCCCCGGACCGGCCCCGGGAGGAGCCGCCGGGUGGAGCCGGCCGCGUGAACGAGGUCAGCGACCCCCGGCUCCGAGCUGAGUCCGACCCCAAAGAGCCGGGGGGAGGCGCCGCCCCGCAGCCCGACCCUCGUCCCACCGUCGCCCCCCACCGGGACCGGCCCCCCCAGCGUGACCCACCGGAGCCGCCGCCCCCCGCCCCCCCCACGGACCGUUCAGCCGGCACCGGGCCGGGCUCGGACAGACACAGCCAUAUACACGGCGCCCGGUUCGGUUCGGACACACACGGCGCCCGGUUCGGCUCGUAGCGCCGGGGGCUGCCCGAGCCCGGCAGGAUGGUGGGGCUGUGUCCCCCCCCGGUGCCGUGCAGGGGAUGUGGGGCGGAUCGAACCGAACCGAGCAGCACCGGGACUAAUUGCAAUAAAGCCGGAGUCGCAGCCGCUGCAGCCCA